GUCCACGAGGACGCGAGGAACAAGAUGAUGAAGUCUCGGUCCCCCUCAUUCUCAAAAUUUGUAGGAACCGGCAAUGGCAAGCCUCGCGGCGGUGGUCGCGGAGGCAUUUUGACUACGAGCAGUAAGGGCUGGAAUAUAGCGAGCAGGAGCAAUGUCAGGAGGCGAAAGAAAAAUGCUCAACAAAAUGAGGAUUUGGCUGUUCACUAUAAUCAAGUGUACCAAAUGAAGAUUCGCGGAGAGGGCGAAGCCAAUUUUCGUGGUGACAAGUUGCUGGUCAUUUUUACAUCGCCUACGCAGCGAAGCGGUCGCGUGUCUUUCGGAGACGAUAUUCACGUACUCUCCACGCCCAUGCAGGGCAUCUGCCGAUGCUGUGGGUCAAGACCCAAACGAAUUUUUGAGGACGAUCAUGAAUGGAACUCAGCUUCGUCAUGCGCGGCCAUAACCUCUAGAAAUCGAAAUCAUGAUCAGCAUGAUGUGGUGCUGAAUAUAAUGAGCAAUCAAGCAACUUCUACCCAGCAACAACAACUUUUGAGGCGUCAUCGACGUACGAAGGACGAUCUCAAGCUGCGUGACAGAAAUCGUCAAGGAUCGACGACGUCGAGGAAGGCAAAUCAUGAUCAAGGAAAGCACCUACGCUCAGCACUGCGUUCCCGAGUCGCUGACGAGUCAUCGAUCCCGAUAAUGGCAGCGAGAGUGGACCCCGACAGCUCAUUUGGUCGUGACGAAAUUCUUG